GAGUGCAGGAAAUGAAAGGAGCAGAGAGGGAAGGACAGAACAUUUUGUCCAGCCUGUGAAAUUAUCACACUUGGUUUUGCCAUGUUCCUGUCCCGGCAGGAUGAACUGAAAUUCAGCAUGGGAGCAGCAAAUGAAACAGCAGUUACUGAGUUCAUCCUAGAGGGUUUCCCAGGGCUUGAUCAAAGCCUGCAGCUGUUUCUCUCUGUGAUCCUUCUGCUCAUGUACCUGACAACAGUGACAGGGAAUGCAACCAUCAUUUUCCUCGUGUGUGUGGAUCACCACCUGCAAACCCCCAUGUACUUUUUCAUUAGCAACCUGGCGUUCCUGGAAAUCUGGUUUACAUCCUCCACCAGCAUUAAAUUGUUUGCCAUCCUGAGUUCUGAUCAGAAAACCAUCUCGCUGAGCAGCUGCUUUGCCCAAUCCUAUUUCUAUUUCGCCCUGGGCUGCACAGAGUUUGUCCUGCUUGUUGUCAUGUCCUUUGACCGCUGGGUUGCCAUCUGCCACCCCCUGCACUACGCUGCCACCAUGGAGCCUCAGCUCUGCCUCUGCCUGGUUGUUGCUGCCUGGCUCAUCGGCUUCACCCUCCUGAGCUACCGCCUGCUCUUCCUCUCUCAGCUGUCCUUCUGUGGCUCCAACAGGAUCCCCCAUUUCCUUUGUGACAACUCCCCCUUAUUCAAACUGUCCUGCUCUGACACCAGCCUGCUUUGGAAAAUAGACUCUGUUUUCUUAUCGUGUGUCGUGUUGGGUUCCUUAUGUUUAACUCUGGCAUUUUACAUGUGCAUCCUUUUCUGUAUUCUGCAGCUUCCAGCAGCCUCUGGGAGGAAGAAAGCUUUUACCACCUGCUCUUCCCAUCUCAUCACCUUAUCCAUUGUAUAUGGGAGCUGCAUUGCUCUCUACAUGUGUCCUUCAGCAGAUGUUUCCUUGAAGACCAACAGAAUUGUAGCUUUGCUGAACACAGUCCUGUACCCAUUCUUAAAUCCCUUCAUCUACAGCCUUAGGAACAAGGCUGUGAUACUGGCACUGAACAAAUCCAUUGCCAGUACAAUAACAAAGCUUUUCCCCUAAUCAUGAUGCAUUUCUGGACAUAAAUUCCAAGGAUCUGCUCUCAUCUGUUAAACAAUAGCAGGGCAUAUGUGUGUGACCUCCAAACACGGAUGCCUCAGGAGAUUUGUGCUCUUGUCAGCUUGUGUCAGGUUAAGGGAUAAGAAGCUCAUCUGCACACACAGACAGGGCACUAACAGUGGGAGGAGGAGUAACUCAGUUAAUGCUCUGCCCUGGCUGCUCCAUCACUGCAGGGCCAUCAGCUCUCCAAGAAUCCAUCUCCAAACAGAGAGGGCACAGAGGAACAGUGGCAAGUGACAACCCAAAUGACAGGCUCUGGGAAAUGGACACCAUGUCCCAGCUCUUUCCAGGGCUGCCCUGGGAGAGCCAUCAGCCCUGUUGUCCAGGUCUGAAACCCCUCAGUCACUGAGAGCAGAUCCCCAUUUGGACUAGGGGGAUUGUUGCCUUGGAGUGUAGGACACAUGAUGGGAUGCAGGGGAAGAGCAGUUUUGG